AUGCAUGAAAAUAAAACCGCGUCUAAACAGGCUGCACGCAGGCCUAAACAGUGGUCUUCCACACAAUCUAGAAUCAGUGUUUUGAAUGAAGAGUUUCCUGAUGCAAAAACACUGCUAAUUUCUAGUAAACGCCCUAAGGCAUUCCUUGUGCGCACUGCUCGUGAGCUCCUAGCUGGUGGAACAGAAGUCUUGAUUCUAAGUGCUUUGGGUGAUGCUAUGCCAUUAGGAGUUCAUUUACAAGUUGCCCUGGAAUCUACUAAGGCUGCCACUGUUAUACGUAUUGAGACGACAUACAAUCUAACAUCUUCCCAUAAAAAAGAUCCAUCAUACACCCCUGGGCUUAGAAUUUUCAUGAAGAAACAUCCUGAAUUCAAGGGAUCAAGAAUCUCUCCUGGCUAUGUAUCAUUCUGCGAUUCAUCACUAGUACCAACCCCCCUAUAUGAUCUUGACUCCUUUACUAACGACAAAUUCUGUAGCCUCAUUAGGUCUUCUUCAUUCAAACUGACUGAUGUGCCAGAAUUUACUAAGUUUUUCUCACCUUCAGAAGUUAAUAUGUAUUUUAAUGUAUUUACUGCAUUGUUUGAUAAAGCUAUAAAGGCGGUUAAUGAAGAAACUAAAGCAGUCACUACUGAUAAUUUGACGGUUAAACAUCCAAAUAUUAAAUUGGGUCUUUGCCGUGCUUCUCCUGAGAUUGGAAAGCCUGAUAGCAUCCAUGGAAGUUGUUUUGUUGUGAUAUUAAAGGAGAAUUAUCCGCUAGACAAGAUUAACAACGUUGCAUUUGCCUUGACAAUCCCCCCCGACCCUUCAAAAUACUCAAACGCGGAUGAUUAUUUGGAGGCUCUAACUAAACUUGGUGACAAUUUGAUGACUACGUUGUGCGACUACAAUGGAUAUGCAAAGAGAGAAGUCAAUAAGUCCCUUCCUCGCAUCACAAUAUGCCGCAUUCCGCCCUUUGAGUCAGCUAGCAAUCUCAAUGUGACCAAACUUGAUGUAGCUAAGGCGGUUCUAAGUGGCUUGGCUACUGGGUACCGUCAUGGCCCAAGCCCUAGACUCAACUUCUCUUACGACGAUGACUCUUACAAAACGGCCUGGAUUGAAACCACAAAUUUGCCUGUAUACGAAUCCCGAUCAUGA